AUGAGAGUCUCUCCUAUCAUUGCCUUACCCGCCUUAUUCCUCUCCCUUUCUUCCCCUGUCCUGGGAGAGCCUUCUACCAAGUCGGCUACCCAAAUCGCCCAGGAUGCCAACAGACUAUUGGCCGAGGGAUCGUACUCUGCCGCUGCUAGGGCGUAUGGUGAAGCUAUAGAGCUGGACCCUACAAGUUAUGCCAACUAUUACAAGCGAGCCACAGCAUAUCUUUCCAUGGGGAGACACAACGCAGCCUUGGAUGACUUUGACUCUAUACUGAAGCUCAACCCGGGAUUCUCUCAGGCGCAUUUUCAGAAGGCCAAGAUCCUGGCAAAAGAGGGCGAAUUUACUCAAGCGCAGGCCGAGCUGAAGGUGUUUGGAAAGAGCAAGAGCGAUCCGGAAGCGGAUGAACUGUUGCACCUCGCCACGGUUGGUGAAGCUGCGGAAAAGUCGGCUGUCCAGGCUUCAAAGCAGAAGAAGUGGCAAGUCUGUGUGGACCAUUCUACCAAGGCGCUGGAAGUGGGACCAAGUUCCACAUCGCUGCGGCAGCUGAGGGUUGGCUGUGCCACCGAGCUUGGAGAUAUCAACACGGUCUACGGUGAUUUGACACGUUUAGCAUCUCUCAACCCUACCACGCUGUCAUAUCCCGUCCAGCUUGCCUACAUUGCCUACUUCCUCCGCGCCUCACCGCAAGCGACCGCCCACAUCAAACAGUGUCUGCAUUACGACCCCGACAACAAGCCCUGCAAGGCCGUCCACAAGAUGCUCAGGCGUCUCGAAAAAGAGACUACCAAGACUCGUAACUUUGUCGAGGGUGGCAGUUUCCGACAAGCCAUGAAAGUCCUCGACGGUCCCGAAGGUCUUCUCGCCCGAUUUGAGGAGGAGCUCGCCGAGGCUACAAAGUCCAAAGAUGGCAAACCUGCCUAUCUCUUUCCUCAGCUCAACCCUGUCCCAAAUAGCGACAUGCGGCUUGAGCUGUACGCAUUGGCAUGUAAGGCUGCUGUGGGAGCGAACGACUUUGGGAAGAAGGGCACUUUCUGGUGUGAGCAAGUGGAAAAGAUGGACCCGGAGAAUGCGGAUGCGAUGGUGCUCCGCGGUGAGAGGCUCUUGAAGGGCGAAAAGUGGGAGGAGGCUGUCAGGAUGUUUGAAAAGGCGUUCGAGGCGUCAGGAAGGAGCCAGGAUGUGCACGGUCGUCUUCAGAAGGCUCAGCGAUUACUCAAGGUUUCUAAGCAGAAGGAUUAUUACAAGGUUCUUGGGGUACCUAGAGACGCUGAUGAAAGGCAGAUCAAGAAGGCAUUCCGUAAAGCUGCCAAGACGAACCAUCCUGAUGUCGGCGGCUCUGAACAGAAGAUGGCCGCAUUGAACGAGGCGUACGAGGUUCUUUCCGACCCAGAACUGCGUCAGAGGUUUGACAACGGCGACGAUCCCAACGACCCCACAUCAGGACAACAACAGCACCACAAUCCCUUCGCCCACCACGGCGGCGGCCAUCAGUUCUUCCAGCAUGGUGGAUUCCAGGGCUUCCCUGGCGGCGGUCAGAAGAUGCACUUCCAGUGGGGAUAG